CUCCUCACGACUUGAAUAUCAGACCUCAACACACAAUCUCUACAACACAACAACGAACUAAGCAACAUGCUUCAUCACCACUCUUCUCAGGUGCUCUCUCCUCUAAGCGAAGUGGACCCCCACUCGUCCGGCCUCCGGGCACGCAAGAUGUCCUCCACUGGCGGCAACAGGUCCUGGUCUGAGGAAGAAGAAAACUAUCUCCUCCAGACUCGCAUGCAGAAGAUGCCCUACAAGCACAUCGCUGCUCAUCUCAAGAAAACCGAACUGGCCUGUCGCCUCCACUACCACCAGCUCUCUCACGGAAGCCAUCGCCGGAAACGGACCGCCUCUGUCUCUUCCACGGCCUCUUCUCACUCCGCUGGUCAAUCCCCCCACCUUCAGCACUCCAUGCCUAACGACCGCGACGACUAUAUGGAGUCAUCUCGUCAUACUUCUCCCGUCAACUACGCCAGCAAUAGCCCUCAAGUCCGUGCGACUCCUCUCCAUACCUCGCCCAAUCGCAACCAACACAAGAUUCUCCUCCCUAAGCCCCGUCCCUUGACACCCCGCCACUCCCCUGAACCCCACAACGCUCUUCGAAUAAACACUGCCGACAUCCACCACCACAAGGUCAUCGACACCGAACGCCUCCGCGCUAUCUAUGAAGGCCGCCGUGCUCAGUUUUGGGCCACUGUCGCUGCCGACUACGGUGCUGAUGUUUCUCCUGCCCAACUCGAAGAAAUUUGGCGCACAGGCACGAACAUCGCUCGCCCACCCACCCCAGACGCCUCUCCAGAUGGCAGCAUAGUGGCUCAUCCCAUGUUGAAGCCUUCUCCCUUCGCCUACCCUUCGGCAUCCGCGUCCGCCACCGACCCCUGCAAGACCUUCUCCCCAUUCCAAAAUAUCAGCGCCGUCUCCGCUCCUGAUCGCAUGCCGUUCGUCCUGCCCAUGCCCGUGCAAACGCCUAUCCAGGGCCGCCUGUCUCGUGCCUCGACAUGGGGGUCAAGCAGCUCCGGGGGAAACAACGUCCCGAUCGCAGCACUCUUGACGGAGGAUCGGGAACCUAGGGGCGAAGACAUCAGCAUGAGGGAAUAGACUCCUUUAUCCCCCCCUUUUUUUUGCUUCACAAGAUUUCGGGCUUGGUUGAGAAAGACUAAGACCGGUGGUGCAUUUGUGUUUGCUGGGCUAUACCCCUUGACUCUACACAUUACUCUUUCUUAUUUUGAUGGCAGCCCACUUUUUAUCUAUAUUUCCUUCCGUUGUAUUUUCCUUCUCUACUAUUUUUCGUAUUCUCUCCUUAAAAGACUACACCGUUUCUAUCGAGGAACCGUGUAUUUGGUUUGGUGGACUGAGUUUGAAGUGGUACUGCUGUCGCUUGUGGUGCUCCGGGUGUUCCAUCGUUUUGAUGAUCUAACAGUUCCGAUCUUGGGAAAUGUGCUAUGGGGAUGCUUGUACGAUAGGCCGAUGACUAUCUUUACUCUACUCGCCCAUCCAUCUUAAGACAUGGGGCCCGGGCAGCCAUCCGCUGAUGCCACGCGCACGGUCGGGCUGGAAUAGAAUAUGCUUUAUGAUCAA